AUAAAGAGAUAAUUCAACCGAAAGCCAACAAGGACUGUGUAUAAAUAGAGGCUAUGGGUAGGCAAUUAGCUUCACACCACCAGCUCAUCAGAAGUCUCAUAUACACAGACAAGCUUUCUUCUUCCCAUAGUCUCCCUAGUCUGUCAUGGUUUCCUCCUCCAUCUACUUGAAGCUGUGCUUCACUUUCUUCUUCUUUUGGAUACAUUAUGGCCCAGCCUCUGCUCAACUAUCAUCCACUUUCUAUUCGAGCUCAUGUCCCAAAGCUUUGUCAACCAUUAAGUCUGCUGUUAACUCUGCAGUGUCGAAAGAACGUCGGAUGGGUGCCUCACUUCUCCGUCUUCAUUUCCAUGACUGCUUCGUUAAUGGCUGUGAUGGAUCUGUACUGUUAGAUGACACUGCAAACUUCACAGGGGAGAAGACAGCUGGGCCCAAUAAUAAUUCACUGAGAGGGUUCGACGUGGUGGAUUCCAUUAAGUCCAACCUAGAGAGCAUCUGUCCCGGUGUCGUUUCUUGUGCCGACAUCCUAGCUGUUGCUGCUCGUGACUCAGUGGUUGCUUUGGGUGGAUCCACAUGGACGGUCCCUUUAGGAAGAAGAGACUCAACUACGGCAAGCUUAAGUGCUGCAAACAGCAACAUCCCAUCCCCCUUCUUGAGUCUUAGUGGUCUAAUAUCGGCCUUCUCAAGCAAAGGUUUUACUACCAAAGAAAUGGUGGCUCUUUCAGGGUCUCACACAAUAGGGAUGGCGAAGUGCUCAGUAUACCGAACUCGGAUCUACAAUGAGACCAACAUAAACCCGGCAUAUGCGACAUCUUUGAAGUCAAACUGUCCGAGCUCAGGUGGUGACAACACUCUCUCCCCUCUCGACGCCACUACUUCUACAGUCUUUGAUUCCGCCUAUUACAGCAACUUGAUCAACAACAAGGGACUUCUACACUCCGAUCAACAGCUCUACAGUGGUGGUAGUGGCUCUACUGAUUCUCAAGUCAGGGCCUAUAGAAACAAUCCUACAACUUUCUUCACAGAUUUUGGGAAUGCUAUGAUAAAGAUGGGAAACCUUAGCCCACUCACUGGCACCAAUGGUCAGAUUAGAACCAAUUGUAGAAAAGUUAAUUCAGGCUGAGAGACUCAAUUUUCAUCACUGCUCCUAACUCUAAGUGUUGAUUACUCUAAGGCAAUCUUGAUGUACUUAACAAGCAAACCAAAAUGGUUUGAUACCAGAUAAUUAAAUAAAGAUGAGAAACAUUUUUUUCAACUUGAA